CCUUUAGAACAGAGAUAAACAAGCUGCAGUUCAGACGACAUUUGCGUCUGCGGUCUAUUCAAGCGUUACAAAUACAAAACUCAAAACUCGGAUUUCAGAGAUUCAAUUUGAGAGAUGGUGAACUCAGCGAUGAAAAGGCCCAGUUUGGAGCAGCGGAAGGUGCGUUCACGUGACGCAGCGCGCUGUAGGAGGAGUCAGGAGACUGAGGUGUUUUACGAACUGGCCCACUCACUACCCCUUCCACGACGUAUCGCCUCCCACCUGGACAAAGCUGCCAUCAUGAGGGUGACACUCAGCUAUCUGCGCGUGAACCGAUUGAUCCAAUCAGCGGGGCCAACCAAAACACAGACUGAAGAAACUGAGAAUCCCACUGAUGCCUUUUAUCAGCAGGCACUGGCUGGCUUUAUUCUGGUGAUGACUGAGGAAGGGGACAUGGUCUUCCUCUCAGAGAGUGUCAGCAAAUACAUCGGCAUGACACAGCUGGAGCUGCUUGGACAGAGCGUGUAUGAGUUUGUUCAUCCCUGUGACCAAGAAGAAUUGCGAGACAUCUUCGCCACAAGACCUGGUGUUUCAAAGAAAAAGACAGAGAAGUUGACCGAACAUAAUUUUUUCCUUCGGAUGAAGAGCACACUCACCCACACAGGAAGAACAGUUAAUAUCAAGUCUGCAACCUGGAAGGUCCUUCAUUGCACAGGACACAUGCAGAUGUUCAGCGGCGAUGAUGAGAACUCGCCCCCUGCUGGCAGCUUCCUGACUUUGCUGUGCGAACCCAUUCCUCACCCCUCCAGCGUUGAAUUCCCACUAGACAGCAGCACCUUCCUCACACGCCAUAACAUGGACCUGACUUUCACACAAUGUGACGGACGAGUCACUGAGCUUGUUGGAUACCAACCCGAAGAUCUGAUUGGCCAGUCUGCCUAUGAGUUUUAUCACGCCCUUGAUUUUGAUCAUGUGACCAGGAGUUUACACGUCUUGUUCUCCAAGGGCCAGGUGUGCACCAGCCAUUACCGCUUUCUGGCUAAGAAUGGAGGAUUUGUCUGGACUGAGACUCAAGCCACUGUCCUCUACAACAGCAGGACUUCUCAACCCGAGGCUGUGGUCUGCCUCAACUUUAUCCUCAGUGGUGUGGAAGAGGCAGAUGUUGUGUUCUCACUAGAACAGACCUGUGAGAAACCAAAGCCCAGAGCUGAGAAGCUGAGCGUGCUGGAGGAGGAGAAGGACUCAGACAUGGAGGAGGAGAGCAACACUGCGACGCUCUUCCUCCAGAUGAAGGAGAACCCAGAAGAGUUACUGCAGCUGGCACCUCACUCUGGAGACGCUAUCAUUUCCCUAACAGAGUGUGUGGAGUUGUCCUUCUGCUGUCCACCGAGUCCCAACACUCUCCCAGAAAGCCCUCAGGACCUCUGUACGCCUGAACUCCGCAAGCUCCUCUCUCCAAUAUUCGACAGGCCCACCAAAUCUCCACCCGCUGCGAGCCCCGCUGAAGAGCUGCCCAUGGAGACGGAAGGGGUGGAGAAGUUCUUCGCCCUCAAACCGGAAGAGAGCAUAACUCUGAAAGGACAGUCAGAGGCUAUGGAUGAGCUUGAUUUGGACAUGUUGGCUCCAUAUAUCUCCAUGGAUGAUGACUUCCAGUUGACCUUCCUGCCCCAGAGUGAAACGGCUGCACCUUCAGAUAUGCUGACCAACACUUCAAGGAAACGAGGUUUGGAAGAUGAGGAGGAAGAUGACAUUCCCAUUCUGGCUGCCAAAUGGGAGAAGAAACCGAAGAGCGGCUCCAUAGAGGAACAGCUUCUGCUCAGCCACACAUUACUGAAUACCUUAUCCGACGAUGGUUCGGAAGAAUUUGAACCGCCACCUCAAAAGCGAAGUCAGCUCUUGACCGACAGGGACCCGUUGCUGGGUGGAGCCCAAGCGUUGUGUGACACAGCAGCUCUCAUGAGGGACACCUUCCUGUCGCGCCCGCCUGACUUGAUGAGGCCUGUUGCUGAAACAAUGCCCUCCCUUACUUGAAGAGAAAACAAUGUGGACGAGUCAUCAGCAAUUACAGUGACCGUUAUCAAAGAGGGUUAUAAAAACCCUUUUCACGCUCCGCAUGUAUCAACGUAUUUCAGAGAGUGAACUUUUACGCACAAAACACAGGAAGGACAAUUGGCCUAAACACGCUGUCCAUUAUAUAUGUCAAAUAUUUUUAUUAUUAUUAUUUUAAUUUGUUUUUGCCCAAAUACUAUAACCAAGAGUAGUCAAAAUAGACUUUAGUUAGUAGAAUUAGUAUAAUAUAGUGAUUGGUAAUGAGUUCUCAGCAGAUUUGUCAUUCAGUAGAUUGCGACAUUUCUAAAAAAAAAUAAUGGUGCUCUGAUCUCCCCUUGUUUUCUGCCGUUCAGUCCGAGUUUGUCCAAAGCACAAAUGUGGCCAAAGGGUGUUUGAAAUCGAAGAUAAACUGGUCAGGAUAUGUUAGAAAUAGUGUUAACAUGUUGUUCUACCACUUGUAGCCUUAAUCUAAACCUAUAAUAUCAACUUCAAGUCUUUGGUGUUGAAUUACAAAUAUUACUGUUUUCUGCCCUGUGUCACUUCCAAUAUGUUGAAUGAUCUGUAAUGGUUUUCAAAGAGGCUAUGGUGUUGACGCUGCAGUCGUAUUGACCGAAAACUUUGUCUGAUGUCUUUUUGAAUCCUAAGAUUGAGAUGCUAACACGACAAAUGUGCUAAUCAGUUGGAUGAAGCGGUUGCAGCAAGCGAUCGCCUUUAGUUUUGUCGUUUGUUGAUGUUUCUAGACCAUCUUUUAUGCAGCAGAGGCAGUUUUUUAAAUUGUGGCAUACAGGAUUAAGUGUGGUGCUUUUUUUUUCUUCAGUUGACUGUGAAUCAGAUAUAUUCCCUUGAUUUCUGUAGCUAGUACAGACAUGACUCAAGGGGCCUUAUUCAAAUAGUGUCCGAUAAGACACAUGCCUUUCUCAUAUGGAUAAAAGCUCUUCAGAUAUCUUAGACUUAUAGUGUAUAUUACCUUGUGUAUUUUUGCAUCAUUUAUUUCCAAUGUACUUAUACCUUGUAUUGACUGGUAAAGAAAUAAAACAUUUUAAAUGCAA